CGGUGACAGAGGGAGCAGCCUACUUUCACAGUAGAGCCGAAACCCUCAACCUCAUUCACAUCCAGACGCUCACUCAGUCAGCAGCAGCUGCAGUCAGGUGUUAUGGAUGGACACCUUGUCCACACGUGUUUGGCUUUAUUACAGCGCGAUCUUGUAUUUUCACCAUAAUUUAAAAAAACAACAACAACAACAACAACACAGUAUUUAUUCAGAGGUUGAGACAAAAUUUACACUGUUAUGGAUCGACUGGAUGAAUGGAGCUUUAAGUCCAAGAAAAUGGACCUGGAGGAGGAUUUCUACUUCGACUACGGAGCGGAGGAAAUAACAGAUUAUCAAGACCCCAAUGAACUUCUGGCUGCUUUGAAACAAAAGGAGGAAGAGGUUAUUUUGGCAGCCCAGCUGGGAAACGCAUUGCUCCUGGAAAACCGUCAGUUGAAAGAACAGAGCGAAAAACUUCACGAUCAGUACGCGGACAAGCUUGAGGAGCUGGAGCAGGGCAGGCAUGAGCUGCGGCUGAAGCUGGAGGGCUGCCAGUCCCAGUGGGAGAGCCAGGUGUUGGACCUGGAGAGAGAUGUGAGGGACCUGAGCGCCCAGGUGGAGCGGCUCACCCAGGCGCUCAGCGAGGCCGAGAGGGACAAGAGUCGAGCCCAGCUGGAGCACAGCGAGCACACGCAGCGACUCAGGGAGGAGCUCAAUACGGCGAUGGAGGUGGAGAGGGCCAUGUCCAGCGAACUGCAGGCUCUAAAACAGGAGCUCCAGCAAAAAGGAAGCCACAACAGGCCGCAGGAUGAGGAGCUGAUCAGUGCCAUGAGGGAGCAGGUUUUGCGUCUCACCCAGAAGGAGCAGGUGCUAGAGAAGCGUUUGGAGAGUGUGUGUGAAGAAAACGCUGAGCUGAGGGCGAGUUUGGCCUCUUUACACACACGUCUGGCUCUGCAUGACCAACUCAACCAGCAGCACAGCCAGCAGCUAGCUGAGGCAUGGCAGGAGGUGGAGGUGGUGCGGGGUCGCUCGCAGCAGCUGCAGGCCCAGGUGGAGGAGCUUCAGGAGGAGGUGUCCCUGCAGGAAGCCAGGAGCCACGGAGAAGCCUCCCUGCUAUCCGAGCUGGAGAGCAGCCUGGAGACGGUGGGGCUGGGGGUCGGCAAAGAAGAGAUAAUGCAAGAAAUGGGGUCCAUCCUUCAGCUACUGCUUCCACUGACCCAGAAGGUGAACGGCUCAGGGAGGUCAGGGGUCCUGGAUCAACAGGAGGACCUGCAGGCCAUGCUGCACAGGCUGAAGGGAGUGGCCCAAACCCUUGCACAGGCAUCCAGCCCUGAGGAGCUGAAUUGGGCUUUUGUGGACAAGACGGGUGAUCAGUGUGGGAAUCCAAGCGCAGCGCAGGAGCUGAGAGAUCAGAACGUCCAGCUGCAGCAGGAAAAUGCUGAGCUGAGGCAGAAGCUGCAGAGCGUACAGGGACAAGCUGAGGUCGUCCAACAGGCCAUCAGAGACCGAGAUGAAGCCAUAGCCAAGAAAAACCUGAUGGAGGUCGAGUUGGUGAGAAGUAAAAAUGAUAUGAUGUCCCUGAACAACCAGUUAUUAGAGGCCAUCCAACGUAAACUGGAACUGUCUCAGGAGCUGGAGGCCUGGCAGGACGACAUCCAGAUCAUCAUCAACCAGCAGCUCAGAACUCAGCAGCAGUCCGAGCAGCCUCAGAAGAAGCCCGCCUCCAAUGGCAUGUCGUUCUUCCGCAGGCCCAGCAGGACGACUCCCACCUGGUCGCGUCAGUCCUCCACCUCAUCCUCAACCUGGAGUUCAGACGCUGAUCAAGACAAAACCCAGUCACCCUGGAGGGACUGGUUAAGACGUGGCAAAGGAGUGCAGUAUGGCAAGUAAAGGAACACCAAGCUCUGCAACUACCUCCUGAGUGCUGAGGAGGAGGAGGUACCUGGAGGAGAGGAUGGGGGGAAGUCACAUGUAAACCUCCCUGUCCAUCAUGUAUGGUGCAAAAGAGCCAUAAAAAACACUUAAUUCAGUGACGAACAACAGAGCCACAACGGACAAAGACUUGUCAAACAGACACUUAACUGAAACACAUUUCACUGAGAGGCUGAGCCUUCCUAAAACCUAAACUGUGACAACUUGGAGCACUAGAAUUUUCACAGAAUUACACAUGAAGGUUUGCUUGAGUCUGUAAAUAUUGUGCCUUAUUUUGUAAUAUUAUGAAUGUCUUUCUGUCUGAGACUUUAUAUGGUAUACAUAAUACUGUAGGUGUAGAUGAGUAUGAGUAUGUUUGGAUUAUUUAUCUUCACCGAUCAAAGAGAAAAAUCAGUCAGGAAAUAAAUGAUCACACACUUCAUUUGUAACUGUACUGAGUUUUUGUCUUUACAUACCAAGUUGGAUGUGAGAAUUAAGAGGUGAAAGCAUGUUGAUUGUAUAACACUGUACGUCAUGUACACUGAGAACGCUAUUAUUUUUAUAAUUUCUUUUUUUGUUGUUUUUUAAAAAAUAAAUACCUAUUAUGUUCUCUGAAUGAUAACUUGGUGUACUGUAUGCACAUGUACUGUAUGUGUAUGUUCUGUGAUUCAGUGUUCAAUAUUGAAGCUGCUUAGUUCAAACUGUGUUGUGUCCUAAGCUGUCUUGACUGACCACAUCUGGAAUGACUGUUGAGUAAUUUCAUAAAAACAACUAAUCCUCUCA